UCGCCAAACGAUGAUUGGGCUAGUCGACCGUAUGGAUGUUUUAAUUGGAAACGCAACAUGUCGCGAUUUGCUUGAUUAGAUUAGGGAAGGUCCUCGUAUGUUUCUUUCACUUUAGCAUUCUAUUUAGUGAGUUUCCAACAGUUUGUAACCGUUUUUCAGUGUAUAUUUUACGUUGUGAAGCUUCAAUGAUGAUACAAGGUUUUAUGAAACAUGUUAAAAAAGUCUUUAUAGAAAGAUGAACAUAACCCUACGAUAAUGAGAUGUCCUAUUUCUGAAACCAAAAACAUCCCUUUUAUCAAGAGUAAAUCUGUACAGUGAUACAAUUAAAUAAAUAUUAUCGUCUAAGUUAUAUGGUGACUAAAGCAAUAUGGGACUACUUUUCGCAAAAUUGUGGAGUCUCUUUGGCAAUGAAGAACAUAAAAUAGUUAUGGUAGGUUUGGAUAAUGCUGGUAAGACGACUAUAUUAUACCAGUUCCUAAUGAAUGAAGUUGUCCAUACAUCACCAACUAUCGGAUCUAACGUUGAAGAAGUAGUUUGGAAAAAUAUUCACUUUAUUAUGUGGGAUUUGGGUGGACAGCAAAGUCUACGAGCAGCAUGGUCUACUUAUUACACUAAUACUGAAUUUAUAAUAAUGGUUAUAGAUAGUACAGAUAGAGAAAGACUUGGUGUAAUAAGAGAAGAAUUGUACUCAAUGUUAAAUCAUGAGGAAUUAAGUAAAGCGAAUGUCUUAGUGUAUGCUAAUAAACAAGAUUUGAAAGGUAGCAUGACAGCUGCAGAAAUCUCUAGACAACUGGAUUUAACAUCGAUUAAGAAGCAUCAGUGGCAUAUACAAAGUUGUUGUGCACUUACUGGAGAAGGUCUUUACCAAGGCCUUGAAUGGAUCGUUGGACGUUUAAAGAAGACAUGACGUAGAUUAUGAGGAUUCAUUUUAAAUGUAAUAAGAUAUCUAAACUGUAAAGUAUAUGUUCAUUGUAAGUUACUGUGCCACUUUACCAAUUGUACAAAUGGAAUGAGAAUGAAUGAUCAUUUUUCAAAUGGUACACUAGCUUCAUGCAUAACUUGAAGUGUAAUUGUAUAUGCUGAUCACAGUAAUUGCUGCAGGCACUUAACGUAUCAAAUGGUGGACGGGUAAACUUUGUCUUAUCUAUUAAUGUGAUACACAAUAUAAUAGCAAAUUAUUGAAUUUAUAAUAUAAGAGUAAAGUAACGUUUUAUCUAUUCUCUUCAUAAAGAAAAUAUCUAAAAGGAAGAAAUCAUGUUAUAAAAGAAAUGGAAAAGAUUUAGAAUCACAAGAGUCUCUUAUAAGAAGUAUUGUUGUAUGAAGAGAAAUAUGUAUAGUAGAUUUUUUUUACUUGUGUAUAAAAAGAUCCGUAUUGUAAACAUUUUACAGCAGGACUGCCAAAUUUAACAUAUUACUAAUACAUGAUACUAUUUUUAAGUAUAAAGUGCUGCAUUCAAAUUACAAUUCGAAAAAUAUGAAAUAUUAUUUUUCAUUUGAUAACAAAAUUUAACGAUAAAUCUGCAUGUUUAUGUCGAAAAAUAUAGAAUUUAAUCUUGAUCCCGUCCACCUAUGUUUGUAGGAAGAAAAGAAUAGGUAGUUCAUUCUGUUUGGUUGAUAUGCGGAUAGAAAUUGGCCUGUGCAAUUUCCAAAACAACACCUAUGUACAUAGUUUUUUAUACUCCGCAUUAUAGUAGUAAAUAACUGUAAAAAGUAAAAUCUGAUCUAGCACCAAUUGAACCACAUAUUUUUCAAGUUUUUGUGCGAGAGUUUUAACAUUUCUCAGUGCUUGAUACUGCAAACAUCUUGUAAGAUUUCUUGGCUAGAUUUAUUCAAUCAAUCUAAUUAGACAAUUGAAAGCAGAAUACUUACUGCUCUGUGAUACAUGGAUUCAGCAAUGGGACGGUUGUUUGUUGGGAACAUUGAUUCUAAGUUAUAUAGGAGAAUGAUAAUUAUCUAUUAUAGAAGAAUGUUCUUAAUAGAUGAAAAGAAUAUUUUCUUGUAGAAAAGAGCUGAUCGUCUCAUUGUACAUAUUAAUGAAUCUUUCUGAUUUUUUAAUCCAUAAAUAUCCAAUUAACAGCUGUCUCAUUUAUUUUAUUUACUUCAUAACUUAGGAAAACUAACUUUCGUAUAGUUAGAAAUACUCCAGUAUUUAAUAUCUAUUAAAACUUAAAAUAUUAAUAGCAUAUGCAAAAAAUCAUUAUAGAAAUUAUUAAGAUCAUUGUAUGAAAGAUAAAUGCCGUCUAAAGCCAGAGUGAGAUCAUACAUUUAAAGUUUCGUAAAAAUAUAAACAGUGGUUUUCUCAUAUUGAGAAACAAAGCAUUAUUGUCGUUUAUAUGAUAUAAUACUGCAAAUUGUACACAAUACUAUUAUGUACAUGUAUAUAUUCUAAUUAACGAUUUUCGUUACAUAAAAGUUGUGAAAUAUGCAGGACGCAUUUACAGGUUGUUUUGUUUUAACGAUGAUGUACAAUUCCUAUGAGUUGGAUACUAUAAUUACACGGAUAGAAGCUUCAUGGGUCAGUUACAAUGAACUAACAUGAAAAUUAAUGCAAGUGUUUGUGUUGAAUCUAUUGGUCAUUGUUAACCAGUUUAUAUACUAUAAAUCAGAUCAUCAUGAACGAGGUUGUUGAUUGACAUAAGGACUGAAGUUAAUAUAAAAUAAAUGAAUUAAAUUUUCUUUUGUGGGAAAUGGAUUAUAAAUUUUUUAUUGCACUUCUUUUAACAUAUAGUUUCUUAUUCCUUUAUUUUUCUAAUUCGGAAUAUUUUAUAAAUAGUUUAUUAAAUAAUUAUGUAAUAAUAUAAAAUUAUAAUAAAAAUUAUGUAUAUUUCCCAUUAUUUAUUAUAUACUACAGAAUCACAAAGUUUUAAGAUUUUUUGUAAUAAAAUUUUUUAAAUUAUAAUAAAUAUAUUUGAUCAUAUUCAGUUUUUGUCUCAAAUAAUAAAUAACCAUUAAAAAGUCUCUUAAUCGGCAAAAAAGAUAUUGGGUAUAGAAACUACUACAUGUAAUUUUCAAAGAUCUAUUUAUUUUCACGUUUGUUAUAAAUAAAGUAUCGCACACACUCACUCAUUCUCUUAACAGUGGAUCUACCACUGGUCAUUAUAUUUUUAAUGUACGUAAAUUAUUGUGACUCGUUGCGGUUGAGUCAUCGACUUUUUGAGUGUAAUGAAAAAAAUUUUAAACCGAUCACUGGUGCAUUAACACUGCAACAUUGUUUGCGUAUUCCAUUAACCCUAAAUAUUUCAUAUUAUAUUUUACAUAACUGUAUUUCGCUAUGAGCAAUUUUUUAAAAUCUUCCUUUGCAAAAAAAAAUAAUUUCCUACGUAAUGCUUUUCCACUAUAGCGACAUAAGUAAAGAUAUUGCGACUUAAUUGUAUCCUAAAAACUCUGAUAUCCUGUUGGCAGUGCCAGUUAAAUUACGGACAAUAUCUGUGAAAUAUUAACUAUGCACACAGCUAACUUUUGUAUCCAUCAUUUUUGAAUAUUUGGUCUAAUGGUUAUUAUAAUGAUUUAUAUUGUUUCCAAUUUUAAAAUAGCUGUUACUUAAAUUCAACAUAAAGCGAUAAAUAUAUUUACAAUAAACCAGCUCUAUUAUUAACGUGUAGCAUGAUGUUCUUGUAUUGGAUUUGGCAGUUGAAACUAUGUGUACUGAACCAAUCUAUAUUUUAUGUGUAUGAUUUUAUAAUGUAAAAAUUUUAUCACGAAAGAUUAAAGAACAAAAAGAUAACAAACAAUUACAACUCAAUUUGUUUAGUCUAUACCUUUUAUCAUUUCAUUUAGUCUAAUAGAAAAUUAGUUUAGUAACAAGUAUGAGACACUUUGUUAUCUUAUAGUGGAUGUUGUUACUUAUAAGUGAAAGAUUUAUUCAAUCUAUGAAGUAUCCUGGACUAUGAUUAAUUCAUAUAGCAGUCUAAAUCAUAAUUUUAAAGUUCAAUUUGUCUCCAAUAAUAUGUUACUAUUCCAAUUUAGUCAAAGGAGCUCAAAACUGAUGUCACAUAAUGUAUCGUUAGUUUACAAAAUAUCUCUUUAUAGGCAUGGGAUUUUACCUGCACUAUGUUGUGCAUUCUUACAUGAAUGAAAUAUUAUGUUCAUCAGCAUAACUGAUUUGUGACAAUAAGAAGAGUUUCCCAUAUCAAUGAGAACUAGCGUCAAAAACGGUGGGUUUCUUAUUUCCUAGAAGAUGUACUUGUUUCGCAAGUUACAUCCACUUGAGAAAUGUGGAUAUGACAUGAAGACCUAGUACAAAUCUCAACUGCCGUGUCACAAUACAUAUAAAUAUAUCUAUAGCUAGGACUCUGUGUUAAUUUGAACAACUCUCUCCAAUACAAAGUUGAAAAUAGACACUGUUGCCACAAACAAACGUAUGUGGCUAAUAGUUUUCGCAGCUGAUAUCCUAUUGACAGUGUCUGUCAAAUUAUAAACAAUGUCUGCAAAAUGUUAACUAUACACACAGCUAACUUUUUUGUAUUAAUUAUUUUCGUAUGUUUGAUCUAUUAUUACAAUGAUCGGUAUUGUGGUUUUAUUUUUAAAAUCGCUACUAUUUAAGUUAAAUGUUAAGCGACAAAUGUAUUUACAAUGAACUGUGUCUACUAUUAACGUGUAGUAUUAUGUUUUCGUAAUGGAUUUGGCAGUUGAAACUAUGUGUACUGGACCAAUCUAUAUUUUGUAUAUAUGGUUUUAUAGUGUAAAAACUUCACCAUAUUUAUUUGCAUUGUUAUUAAAAAUCAACAAUAUUAGUUAUAGUUUUUACAAUAUAAUACACCAUACAGUUCCAUUUUAGAAUGUCUACGUUUGAACAAUAUAUCGUAACAUUAGAUGUUCAUUUUUUAUUAGAUUAGAUGAUUAAUUAUUCUAAUACCUGGCCUCAUAUUAUUUUAAUAAUACUCGGCAUUUAAAACGACUUCCUUGAAGUCAUAU